AAUGACGCACUUCCUUUUUAAAUAAUCCCCCAACACCAAAACACGUGUUUGGGAAAUGAUCUCCCGUAUUUUGAUGAAUUUUGAUUGAUUAUACACAUAUUACUAAACAAUCAACAUGAAGCUUACUGAGUCAACAUCUGAUGUUAAAAUUAAGAAAGACAAAAGUCUGAAAAAAAAGAAGAAAGUCCAAUCUGAAGAUGAAGAAGAAGAGGUAGUUGUCAAGAAAGAUAAAAAAGAGAAGAAAGAAAAGAAAGACAAACCAAGCAAAAAGGAGAAAGCAGAAAAAGUAGAAUCAGAUACUUCUAAAACAGAUAAAAAGGAAAAGAAGGAAAAAUCAGAUAAAAAAGACAAGAAAGACAAAAAAUCAACAGAAAUCAAUGGAGUCAAUGGUAAAAGCAAAGAUUCACAUCAAAAUGGGGAGACCAUUUCAGAGGAAGAAGAACUGACACCACAACAAAUAGCUGGUGCCUUCACAAAUUUUAAGAUCAGUCCCAUUACCAUAAAGAAGCUAAAAGCUAAAGGGAUAACAUAUUUAUUUCCAGUACAGACUGAAUCAUUUGAUAUUGUUUAUAGUGGUGCAGAUAUUAUUACACAAGCCAGAACUGGAACUGGAAAAACACUUGCCUUCUCACUGCCAAUAAUAGAGAAAUUACAGUUGGAUAAAUCUCCACCAAAAAGAGGACGACUUCCGAAGGUAAUAGUCAUGGCACCCACUCGAGAAUUGGCCAAGCAGGUAUCAGAGGAUUUUCAGGCCUACUCCACAUCAUUAAUUGUUCUAUGUAUUUAUGGAGGAACACCUUACGGACCACAAGAGCGUGUAUUGCGAUCAGGAGUAGACGUUAUUGUUGGUACACCAGGACGAAUAAACGAUCAUAUACAAAAAGGAAAUAUAAACUUGUCAGAAAUAAAACAUGUUAUAUUAGAUGAAGUUGAUAAUAUGUUAGAUAUGGGAUUUGUGGAAAUUGUUGAAGAAAUUCUAGGACAUGCUUAUAGAGAUGGUAAGUGUAGAUUUGAUAUACUUCCAACUAACUAA